AUGCUGAAUCCACACGUAUUGGAUUCUCCAGCUGUGGUUUUCGACAAUGGAUCGGGGCUCUGUAAAGCAGGCCUGUCGGGAGAGAUUGGACCCCGCCACGUCAUCAGCUCCAUCGUAGGGCAUCCAAAACUCAAGACAGCUUUGGCUGGAGCCAACCAGAAGAAGUACUUUGUGGGGGAGGAAGCGCUAUACAAGCAUGAGGACUUAUACCUGCACUGCCCCAUUGAGCGUGGCUUGGUCACAAGCUGGGACGACAUGGAGAAGCUCUGGACGCACCUUUUCGAGUGGGAGCUGGGGGUGAAGCCCAGUGACCGGCCCGUGCUCAUGACUGAGCCUUCCUUGAACCCCCGGGAGAACCGUGAGAAGAUGGCAGAGAUCAUGUUUGAGAACUUGAAUGUGCCUGCCUUCUACCUGUCAGACCAGGCAGUGCUGGCACUCUACGCCUCCGCCUGCGUCACAGGCCUGGUGGUGGACAGUGGGGACGGGGUCACUUGCACGGUCCCCGUCUUCGAGGGCUACUCCCUGCCACACGCAGUCACCAAGCUCUGUGUGGCAGGGAGCGACAUCACCGAGCACCUCACGCGGCUCCUCCUGGCCAGCAACCAGACCUUCCCCUGCAUGCUGCACAAGGCCCUGGUGAAUGACAUCAAGGAGAAAUUGUGCUACGUGGCCUUGGAACUGGACAAGGAGCUGUGCAGAAGGCCAGAAGAGAUCCUGAAAGAGUACAAGCUGCCGGACGGGAACAUUAUCCACCUCGGGGAUCAGCUCCACCAGGCGCCUGAGGCCCUCUUUGUGCCUGACAAGCUGGGCAUCCACAGCCCAGGACUCCCGAAAAUGGUCUCCAGCAGCAUCAUGAAGUGUGACACUGACAUCCAGAAGACACUCUUUGGGGAGAUCGUGCUGUCUGGGGGCACCACACUGUUCCCAGGGCUUGAUGACCGGCUCCUGAGGGAGCUGGAGCAGCUGGCUUCCAAGGGGACCCCCAUCAAGAUCACAGCCCCCCCUGACCGGUGGUUCUCCACGUGGAUCGGCGCCUCCAUUGUCACCUCUCUGAGCAGCUUCAAGCAGAUGUGGGUCACUGCAGCAGAUUUCAAGGAGUUUGGGACAUCCGUGGUUCAGAGGAGAUGCUUUUAG